UUGCGGAAGCUGCUGAACGAAUCCUCCAUGCUGAACCUGAGCUUCCCCCCCAGCUACUGGUUUAACAACGGCACAGGGGACAGCUUUCUGCCCCUGGGCAUGAAGAUCACCAUUGUGGUCGUCUACUCCAUCGUGUGCAUAGUGGGGCUGGUGGGCAACUGUUCGGUCAUAUUCACUAAGAUGAAGACAGCUACCAACAUUUAUAUCUUCAACCUCGCCUUGGCAGACACCCUGUGUCUGAUGACCUUGCCUUUCCAAGGGACGGACACGUUCCUCGGGUUCUGGCCUUUUGGAAAUGUUCUCUGCAAGAUCGCCAUCUCCAUUGACUACUACAACAUGUUCACCAGCACCUUCACCCUGACCAUGAUGAGCGUGGACCGGUACAUUGCUAUCUGCCACCCUGUCAAGGCUCUGGAUAUCCGCACGGCUCACAAGGCCAAAGUGGUCAAUGUCUGCAUCUGGGCUCUGGCCUCGGUCUUUGGCAUCCCGGCGAUGGUGAUGGGAUCAGCGGAGAAUGAUGAUGGCGAGAUCGAUUGUCUCAUCAAGCUCCCUUCCCCUGUGGGUUACUGGGAUCCAGUCUUUGGGGUCUGCAUCUUUCUCUUCUCCUUCAUGAUCCCCGUGUUGAUCAUAACCAUUUGCUACAGCCUCAUGAUCAGGCGCCUGAAGAACGUCCGAGUCCUCUCGGGCUCCAAGGAGAAGGAUCGCAACCUGCGUCGCAUCACUCGCAUGGUUCUGGUGGUGGUCGCCGUCUUCAUUAUCUGCUGGACGCCCAUUCAGAUCUUUGUGCUGGUCCAGUGCCUGGGUGCUAAGGCUGAAAGCGAGCUGGAAUUGGCCAUCUCCUGCUUCUGCACAGCCCUGGGAUAUGCCAACAGCAGCUUGAACCCCGUUCUCUAUGCCUUCUUGGAUGAGAACUUCAAGAAGUGCUUCAAGAAGUUCUGCUUCCCCACCGCCUUCAGGACAGAGCUCCAGAUGUCCAACAGGAUGUGCAGCAUUGCCAAGGACGUGGCUUAUGCCUGCAAGAACUCAGAGGGGACUAACAAUCCGGCCUGACUAGGCCAGGAAAUCCCGAUGAUGGCUGCCAGUCAGAAAAGUCCAACCACCCCCACUUCAGAGAUAACUCAGAUAACAGCCCUUUGACAGUGGCUUUCCUACCCAGAGUUGCAGACUGGAAACCUAGGAGGCAGAGUGGGGGGAAGGAAGAUACAGGACUGCAAAAGCAUACAGAAAAGGAAGUCAUUCUGACGCAUUUUUAACG